AUGUCCGAACUUAUGCGCACUCUGCCGGCCUCCUGGUAUUGCAGCCCGCCUCUCUAUCAGCUUGAAAGAAGGGCUGUAUUCUUAAAAUCAUGGUAUCUUGUCGGUCCCGUCACUAGAUUCUGUGAUAUAGGUGCCAAGGAACGACCUCUAAAGCACCACGUCACGCCAACCGGCCUCGUUUUCGGUACUCUAUCAGACGAGGCGCCCAGCUUCCAUGAGUAUUUCCCGGACUUGGAGCCACUGCUCCAACGGGUGAACUUUACCAAGCUCCCGUACAGACACGGCAUCAAAUACGAGGGACGAUUUAACUGGAAGACUAUGUAUUUGAUACCUUUGCCUCGUAUUCGGGAACAUAUCGCAGAUCCGGAAAAGCCGGAUGAUGGUCUAUUCCUUUACUUCUUCCCCAACUGCACUCUGAAUGUCUAUGGUGGAGGAAUGUCCUCGUUCCGAGUGUGCCCAACAGAUGACCCGAAUGUGACGAGGAUGGAGUUUGACUACUACCAUAUGGAGUCGGGCGAGAAGUUCGACGAGUACUUCAAAUUUGUGCGGCAAGUGGCCAUGGAGGACUAUGAAUUGUGUGAGAAGGCUCAGAACAAUCUCACUAAAGGCAUCUAUAGCGAAGGCAUCCUCAACCCGGAGAAAGAGAGCGGAGUUUCAUGUGAGUAUGGCGGACAGCACAGUUUCAUCAUGGCUAUAGAAGAACCGUAUCCGGCUCUGCCUCCCGCCUUAUCGGCCCUGGUCUUGGUUUCAGUGCUAGCGGGGCUGGCUUUUCUCCUUCAAUCUUUAUCAAGUCCCAUCUUCCGAGGCUAUAAGUCCCUGCGUGUAGCUAAGCCGACGGAAACCGAGCUGGAUCCUGUCCCCGAAGGUAACGAAAACAUCGUCUGCAAGGAAUCGGAUUUCCCACAAAACUGGUGGACUGGCUCAGAAGUCUUUGAUCUAGAAAGACGGGCAAUCUUUAGUAAAGGAUGGCUCUACCUAGCCCACCGUAAUCGGUUCACCAAACCCGGCGAUUACCAUUCCUAUGAAGUGGCAGGUAUCCCAAUUUUCCUGGUACUGGGGAAAGAUGGCAUCGUGCGAGCGUUCCAUAACGUCUGCCGCCAUCGAGCAUACACAGUCACGAGGAAGGAGUGUGGCUCCUCUAUGAUUCUCGGAUGUCGAUAUCAUGGCUGGAGCUAUAACUCCAAGGGACAGCUCAUAAAGGCACCUCACUUUGACAAUGUUCCCGGAUUUGACAAGGCCCAGAAUAGUUUGUUUUCGAUUCAUAUUACAACCACACCUGCGGGCUUUAUAUUCGUGAAUAUGGAUGCAUCUCCGAAGAUGAUGCCAUUGCAGACAAGAUCUCUUGAUUCCUUUGCGGGCCGGCAUGGCAUCGGACAACAGUCUACGUGGCUGGGAGGACAGACAGUGGAAGGGCAGUUUAAUUGGAAGAUUGCUUGUGAGUUUCUCUUUAUCUUCUUUCUGUCAAAAGACGAUAGGUAUAAAGCGCUGUUAUUGAGCUUGUUCAAUUCAUCACGAAUGUGCUCGGAAGAUGUUAGAGUCUUCCCUUUUACUACGAUUAAUACCGUCCGCGGAGGGGUACUUUGGUAUUCCUUGAGCUUCAUUCCCAUAUCUGAGAGCAGGACCGCGGUCCGGAUUGACUUAUACACUCAUAAAGACAUGGGUAGUCCUGCGCCUGCACCAACAGCAGAAACACUCUUCAGCAAAUUGUCGAACAGUAUCCGAGAAUUGGAAACUCAGUUCGAGUCACUUUCUGGAACACCAACGUACUUCCAACCCAACCCAGUCCCUCACUCAAGCAUCAGUCUUACCAACACCGUACCAGAUACACAACGCGAAAUCCUCGAGGCCAUCAAAUCCCACGCCAAAUUAGAAAAACAACUAGGAACCGAGAUCUUCCCCGCUACGAGGAUACCUAGAACCAACGCACGAUUCGAGCAGGCUGAACAGAGUUAG